AUGAUAUACAUAGCCACAUCUAGAUAUUCCAUACAUUAUGACGUAGAUUUUAUGUUAAAACUGUGGACGUUUGAACGUUAUAAAAGAAUUUCGAAAAGAUGAUGCAAAACGUGGAGAUAAAAGCAAAAAUUCGGGAUAUCGAUUAUACUAUUUCAAAAGCCAAAGAACUGAGUAAUAAUGAUGGAAAAAUAAUAACACAACAUGAUAUUUUCUAUAAUGCAACAAAGGCAAGAUUAAAGCUACGAAAAUUUGAGGAUGGUACUGCACAAUUAAUUUCUUAUGUGCGACCAAAUAUAAUAGGACCAAAAGUAUCUGCUUAUGACAAAGUUUCCAUAUAUGAAAAUAUUGUAGACUUAGUAGAUACUAUUUUGUCAAAUGCUUUGGGUACAGUAGGAGUCAUUAAAAAGACAAGACAUGUAUUUAUUGUUGGGCGAACACGAAUACACAUUGAUAAUGUCGAGAAUUUGGGAAAUUUUAUAGAAUUGGAGGUAAUGAUGCAAUCAGGCAAUGCAGAUACAGACUGUGACCGGGAAACUGCAGAAAAAACCGCUAAUGAUCUUCUUCAAGUGCUGUCCGUAAAGGAAGAAGAUUUAAUUGCAGAAGCAUACAUUGAUUUACUCAAUCGCAAGAAUACAAUGUAAAUAUGAUGAAUCUUACAUUUUGUAUGAAUGCAAAGAAAUGAUCAAUUUAUUGAUUGAAAAUAUAAA